AUGAAGAUAUUGUCGCCAUUUCUUCUACCAUUUCUCCAGGUCGUCUCCGCUGUCAAUGUCGGGGAUGGUUACGAACAUCCUAUUGAAGACCUGGACAAAGAUCUCCCAUUUUCCCAGCCAGUGACUUUUGCCCAUCUCGAAUGGCAACGAUGUCUAGCUCCUGACCACAAACAUCCCCUUGAUAUCGCCAUCCUCGGUUUCCCCUAUGAUACUAGCACCUCCUACCGUCCCGGCGCACGCUUCGGCCCUCGUGGCAUUCGCGCAGGCUCUUCUCGCGAAAAGAAGGGACGGAGUUACAAUACGGUCUGGGGCGUGGAUCCCUUCGAAGAGGGGCUCAGCAUUGUUGACUGCGGCGACAUCCCCAUCACGCCUUUUGAUGCCGCUCAUGCUUUUAAGCAAAUGGAACAGGGUUAUCGCCAAGUCCUCUACCACACCACGAAUACAACAACGCCGCGCGGAUGGACUCAUCCGCGUAUCAUUAGUUUGGGAGGCGAUCAUUCUAUCGUUCUUCCCAUUCUCCGAUCCUUGAAAACCGUAUAUGGUCCCAUUUCGGUUAUCCAUUUAGACUCUCAUCUCGAUACUUGGGAUCCCUACGAAGGAUACACUGGUAUUGCAUCGGAGCAAUCUGCUAUCACGCACGGGACCUUUUUUUGGCAUGCGAGUCGAGAAGGGUGUAUCAACAAGGGAGCGAGCGUUCACGGUGGGCUGCGUACUAAACUGUUUGGGCCGAAGGAUUAUGAGAUCGAUAAUGAUAUUGUUGGGUUCCAUCGCAUUGAGGCUCGUGAGAUUGAUGACAUUGGGGUCAAUGGGAUUGUGAAGAGGACCUUGGAUGUUGUCGGGAACAAUCCGGUCUAUCUCUCAAUCGACAUCGACGUUCUCGAUCCGAGCAUUGCCCCUGCCACUGGAACCCCUGAGUCGGGAGGCUGGACUACCCGGGAGUUAAAGCGGUAUAUUAAAGGUUUGGAGGGGCUGAAUUUGGUCGGCGCUGACGUCGUCGAGGUUAGUCCGCCAUAUGACUCGACGGCGGAGACAACCUCGGUUGCAGCAGCGGACCUGAUUAUUGAUAUCUUGGCGGCGAUGGUGAAGAAAAAAUCUCCUGAUUUCGAGAAACAGGAAGUUGAUAGUAAGGAUGAGUUGUGA